AUGGGUGCGAUUAUUUCCACCUGUUUGGGAGCUCUGCCUUCAACUGCAGAGCUCUUCCCUCCAACUCCGGCUGCCUACACACCAAUUCUAUACGGCUUCCAAUACUUCCCCCUGAUAACGGUGGCUCUAUGGAUUCUAUCCUGGUAUCCAGCAGGAAAGACCUCCUCGCAGUCCGUGUUCAACAUUCCAGGACGUAUCGCCUGGUCUGUCAUGGAGCUUGUCGGCCCUAUCAACUUGAUCUACACCAUGACCAGCCCAUCACCAUAUUCACCCUCAUUCACUGAUCUCCCCAAGCCCAACAUUCUCAUUGUAGCUCUGUACUGCACCCACUAUCUCAACCGCGCUGUCAUCUCCCCUUUCUUUUCUGCCCCCAGCAUGUCCCCAAUCCAUGUCGUCGUCAUGGCUGCCGCCAUGCUCUUCAAUUGGUUUAACUCAGCCUGUCUGGCUGGCUGGCUGCGCGGAUAUGUUGUGCCGACUAUCCCCAGCUUCAACACAGCUACCAGUGGAAAUCCAUCUCCUCGGUCUGUGGUGGUAGAGCUCCUCCCCACCAUCGGCUUAAUCUUAUUUGCCAUCGGAAUGGCCGGCAACAUUUACUCAGAGACAGAAUUUUUCCGACUUCGACGUGAAGAAGCCGAAAGACGCGUUGCAAAAAAGGUAGAUGAUGAAUCUCCGGGAGGCGAAGCAAGGGGUAGUCGCAACAAGUUCUACAAGGUCUACGUCAUCCCACCUGCCUGCGGUGUCUUCCGAUACAUCUUGUAUCCGCACUACGUCUUUGAAUGGCUGGAGUGGAUUGGGUUUGCGCUCGCUGGUACGGCAGUUGCUCCAUUCUCCGCCCUUCCUCCAUCUACCUCCGCUCCUUUCCUGGCAAUCUCCCCUCCGCUGCGUCUUGCGCCUUGGUUGGUGCCUGCCGCGUGGGCGGCUGAUAAGCUCGCUGUGCCGCUGCCUUUGCCUGCUGUGAUAUUUGUUAUCAAUGCAGUUACCAAUAUGUUGCCCCAUGCGCGAUGGGGACGGAAGUGGUAUGUUGAAAAGUUCGGGGAGAAGGCUGUUGCUGGGAGGGGUGCUGUUGUCCCUGGGUGCGCGUGGAUGUGA